AAUGCAUUUUGCAUUUAAUUUUCCAUUUUAUUUGAGAAUUCAGCGAUAAAUUUUAUAAAUUUGAUGUUUGAGAACCCGGAAAAUGAUAUUUAAUCGAUAUUUUGCAAUAAUAAUAACGAAAAGCUUGCAGAAUCCGCCGAAAUUCCCAUGACAAGCCGGAUUUUGCAACGAUUCUUCACUGUUUCGACAAGUUUGAGGAGUCUGACACGCGCAGAAGUUCCCGGAGAGAAGAUUGAUGCAAAGAGAGCCCGGCUUCUCUACCAAAGCAAAAAACGUGGAAUUCUGGAAAACGACAUUCUCCUGGGCGAUUUUGCCGAGCAAAACCUCAAAAAAAUGAGCGAGCCCGAGCUGAAGGCCUACGAUAAGCUCAUCAACGGAGAACACAUGGAAUGGGACCUCUUCUACUAUCUUUCCAACAAGAAAAGCCCGCCGGAAGACGUGGAAAGCUGUCAGGUUUACCAAAAAGUCAAGAAGUUCGUCGACGACAAGCGAGUGCCGAAAUCAUGAUAAUUUGAUAAUUUUUUGCCGGAAUUUCCUCAAUUUUCCCCUGAAAAUCUCGAAUUUCCUUUUCUCUCUGUACAUUUUUUAGGUUUACCGUUGAUUUUUUUACUAUGAAAAGGUGAUUUUUGUCCUCAAAUUUCUUGAAAAAUGCGUGAAAAUUCGCUUGAAAAAUAUUUGAAAUUGUUUAAUUCUCAUUUUUGACAGUUUUCUGCUAUUUUCCAUGAAUUUUCGGCCAAAAAAUCUCGAAAUUCGUUGGAUUUUGCAGAUUCUCACCAAAAAAAAACGCAUUUUUCUGUCCAUUUUCAAAGAAUUAAUUCUUAUUACGCUAAACAACACGCGUCUGUGGAAUUUCGGAGCGUCGUUGUUCAACAUUUUUACACUUUUUAAUGCUUAUUUUCCAUUUUAUUUGAGAAUUCAGCAAUAAACUUUAUAAAUGUUA